GUCUAUCUUGAGUUACUUAUACAACUUUUUGGUUGCACGCUCGCUCCUCUGGGCGUCAUAAACAUAAUGGGACACGUAUCUGUCUGUGCAUUAUUAUAAACGAUAACGCAUAUCGCUUAAUUUACGUUGCCUAACUAGCUACAGUAUUCCUCUUAUUUAAAACAUACAGAAUAUGUGCACAUUAAAGUAGAGGAACACGUUUUGAUGCUUGCUUCCUGUCCGCGUUAGCUACUGUGGUUUAUACAGCAAGAAGCUAGCUAUCUAUCUGGUAUGGAAUCCAUUGAAUGUACGCGUGGCUGUCCAAACACCUCAAAAAUCAAUGAGGAUUUGGUCAAAGAUGAUUUUACACCCUCGAAGCUCGGAACAAAAGAAUACUGGGAUGGUGCGUACCAGAGGGAAUUGCAGACGUUUAAAGACAUUGGGGACGUCGGUGAGAUAUGGUUUGGAGAAGAGAGUAUGGACCGUGUGCUGCUGUGGAUGGAAAAAGAGGAAAUCCCAGAAGAUGCUGCUAUACUUGAUAUUGGCACAGGGAAUGGUGUCCUCUUAGUAGAACUGGCCAAAAGUGGAUACACAAAUCUCACAGGAAUAGAUUAUUCUGCUGCCUCUGUUAAACUUGCAAGAAGUGUACUGCAGACAGAAGAAUUUUCUAAUGUGGAAGUCAAGGAGGUGGACUUCUUGAGCUGCUCUGGAGAGUUGCGCGGCUUUGACGUAUGCAUCGACAAGGGCACAUUUGACGCCAUAAGCCUGAACCCAGAGAACACUGAGGAGGGAAAAGCAUGUUACAUCCAAUCCCUGAGAGGGGCACUGAAGGAGGAGGGGCUAUUCGUCAUCACUUCCUGCAACUGGACUAAGGAACAGCUACUACAGAUGUUCAGCCAAGGGUUUGAUUUUGUGAAAGAGCUACCAACACCCCACUUCCAGUUUGGUGGCAAGACUGGCAACAGUGUGACCGCAAUAAUCUUCAAACGACUACACUGACUUUUGCCCUUGAGCAAAACACCAUUCUGAAAUGUUGUUUUUAUGGACUUAUUCCUCAAUUAAAAAGUUCCUUUUUGUGAAAUGUUUUUGAGAUAGGACAACACCAACAAUCAGUAUUCCACCAAAUAAAUACAAGUUAUUUGUCUUGCACAUUGA